AUGAAUUAUACAACGAGCAACUCUUUUGCAUCAGCUGCUAAUAUAAAACAUGCUGAUCGAACUUCCAAACGACUCCGAAAUAUUACGUUAAAACCAUUUCAACCACAUCAUUCUUCUUCGGAUAAACAUAAAGAUCGAUUUAAUAUAUAUAAUUAUCAAGAAAUUGCUGCAACAUCACCCAUAUCAUUUCAAUCACCACCUACUAUGUUUACUUUUCUUCCCGAUAGCAAUCCUUCAUUUACUACAUCUCAAUCGGAUUCUUUACGGAGCACUAAUGAAACACUGGAAGAACGUGCAAUGCGUGUCCUUGAUCCACGUAUAGUAACUAGUCAAAGUGUUGCACCUACACCUACUCUUCAAGAAUCAAACUUCGUGCAUUCAACGGCAUUUUACUUAAAAGCUGCUACAUCUGUUCAAAUCAAGGAUCUCUUGUCAGCUGGUCUACGAUUAUCAUGGCCAGAUCUCGCUAAUAAUAUUAAUGACUUCAGGACAGAUGUUGGUCAUGAGCAAUUAUUUAUGACACAAUUAGCAUCUGCUAAGCAUAUUUUAUCGAAAAUCGACAGUGCAACAUCAAUUGCAAUAUCAUCGAAAUUAGCAUAUCAACUCACAAAACUAUCGCAUUGA